AUGCCAAUAGAUGUCAAUAAAAAUGUUUUAAAUACCGUAGAAAAGGUGUGGCAAACUACUCCCAAACAAAGACCCCUAAGAGAAGUGGGCUGUUGUGGCCUGAUACCAGAUUUCUUCGAUAAACAGCAUAUCAUAGAUUCCUUUACGGUGUUGGUAAGAAAACGUCCUGGUCCUCGUCGCAGUUUUCUGAUCCUUCUACUGAUUUCUAUGGCCUUAUAUACGUUCCAAAGAGAUGAGGGUCAAUAUUUGUACAUGUAUACCAGCUUUAAAUUUAAAUGGGAUAUAAAUAUUUAUAGUACCUUCAAGACGGUCAAAUCAUCGGCCUUUGUAUUGGCCAUGUUAUUGGCUGUGCCGCUAAUGAAUAAGGUGUUAAACUGGAGGGAUACGGUCUUCGUUUGCAUUUUGGCUCUCGCCUUGGCUUCCGCCCAAGCUGGUCUUUUACCCCACCAUGGCAAUGAAGUGGUUAUCGAACCUCACCACGUUGAGCAUGCCAUCCAUCAUGAUAACAUCCAUCAUCAUGCUGAUGUUCAUCACGACAGUGGCUAUCACUACGGACACUCAUCGCAAAUUGUGAUUGAUGGUGCUGAUCAUCAUCACGGCAUUGAACACCAUCCCGUCUAUCAUCAUGCUGACCAUCAUGCCGCCGUAGAAGUACAUCACGAUGACCAUCAUGUUCAUCAUGCUUCUGCUGCUGCUUCGGCUCAAGUUAUCCAUCAUGAACCCAUCCACAAGGUUGAACCCGUCCACCAUGUUACCAAAGUUGUGCACCAUGAACCCCAUCAUUUCUUGCAUUACACCAACCCCGUUGUAGACCAUCAUGUUGUCCACCAAAACCAUCAUGUCGAUGAACACCACCAUGCUGACGAUUUGCACCACACUGAAUUGCAUCAAGGUGAUGCUCAUCAUCAUGGCGAUUUGCAUGCCGAUGCUCAUCACGAUGCUUUGGUCCAUCACGGUGAUGUUCACCAUCAUGCCGGUUUGGUUCACCACGCUGAUGUCCAUCAUUCCGGUUUGGUUCACCACGGUGAUCUCCAUCAUUCCGCUUUAGUUCACCACGGUGAUUACCAUCAUUCUGGUUUGGUUCAUCAUGCUGAUGCCCAUCAUCAUUCCGGUUUGGUCCAUCACUCUGAUGUCCAUCAUCAUGCAGCUUUGGUCCACCAUGCCGUUCCUGCCGUCCACCACCAUCAUCACAAUGCCGCCAUUGUCCACAAAGUCUAUCCUGCCCAUCACACCACUCAUGCUGAUAUCUUAGCCUUUGCUAAACAUCAUUUGCAUGGCAAAUUUGGCAAGGUGAAAAUCACUGAAAAGCAUUUCUAAACGAUUUCAUUCCCACAAUUGAAACCCCUCUUCUAUUCCUUUUCGAAAGGAUUCCAAAUACCAAUCUAUUCUAAUUACAUCACAUUUAUUCAUCAAAAAAAAAAAACAAAUUAACCAAAAUUAACGCUUUUCAUAGCUAUAAUUUAUUAAACGAACGAACUCUCAUGAUCACACAUUGAUCAUUCAUCAUCCAUAAUUUUCCUUUAUCCAUCCAGGAGUCGUUAAUUAGUUGAAUCAUUUUAAUUCUGUCUAAACAUUUUUAUUUAGUUUUUAAGGUUUAUUGUUACUAGUUAUUUCUCAUAGUGUUACAAACUCGACAAAACCAUAUAUAGAACACAAAAAAUGUAAAUAUUACAGUACAAUAAAUAAUAAAUUAUAAUUGAAACAAAAA